CAGUCCCACAGGCACCUCACACAGGACCAGAUCCACUCUCGAAUUGAUCUCUACUCAUAUCCCUUCGAAACUGCUCUGUAGAGUUUCGUGCGAGAUCACCUCUCAUACAAUCCGUCGUCACAAUGCCCGCCCCAGGCGACCAGCAUAAGCAGGCUGCCAACAUGUUCGAAGAGCCCCCGCAACGCCUGUUCGAGUACACCCCCCAAGAAGCCGCCAGGAUCCAGAGCCAACUCAAAAAACAGCUCGGCCCAGAGUUCCUCUCAACGCGAGUAGGGAAUACGGGGCCGAAUUCGAAGUAUCUCUACAUUCCCGGCGACAAAUGCAUCACGCUUGCCAACGAAAUCUUCGGCUUCAACGGGUGGUCCUCGGCCGUCGUAGGCAUGGAAAAAGACUACGAGGAGGAAAAGGGGAAUGGGAAGGUCAACGUCGGCCUGUCUGUCACCAUGCGCAUCACACUGCGCGACGGAACGUACCGUGAGGAUGUUGGGUAUGCAUUCAGUGACAACGCCAGGACGAAGGGAGCGGCUUGGGAGAAGGCCAAGAAAGAGGCCACCACAGACGCGCUGAAGAGAGCAAUGCGACAGUUUGGCAACAUGCUCGGGAACUGCAUCUAUGACAAGGCGUUUCUGGAUAACGCUAAGAAGAUGAAGGCGCCAGCGCCCAAGUUUGACGAGAGUCGUCUGUAUCGGCACCCAGACUACGUGGUGGUCAAGAAGGAAGUGAAGAGUGUCGAGGAGCCCAAGGACGAAAAACCGGCGGCCCCGGCGCGGCCACUGCCACCCCAAUUGUCGACCGAGGAGUCUUUCGAGGAUUUUCUGGAGGAGUUGGACGAGGCAGACUUCAACAUGGCCGACGAGGGUAACCCAGACGAAAUCGCUCUGCCAAACUCAAACGAGACAAAAUCGAACCAGUCCAGCGUAUCUAACGUGGGCCACAACCAACCGAAGAAUGGGGGGAACAAUCUCAUGCAACCGCCAGCCAGACAGUUAGCAAGGACAGGUUCAACAGGCAACAACCCUCCGCGACAGGCGCCACAAACCCCGGUCCAGCAACCCGCGAGGCCUGGUCCCAACAACUUCCCUGGAGCAGCCGCCCGCGGCCCUCCCGGCGCCGCUCGCCCGCCGCAGCAAUUCAACCAGACUCGUCCCGCGCCCCAGCCCCAGCCCCAACCCAACAACGCUAACCAAAACCACAACCAACCCCCCCCAAUCCACAUGACACCCCCCCAGCCCGGCCACGCCAAUGUCAACACUGAACCGCCAGCCGGCGAAGCCGGCGGCUUCCUAUCCGCCCGCGCGAUAAAGGGCGUCUCCGACAAGGCCAUCAAAUCGGGCGAGUUUGACCGCAAGCCGGGACAGGUCUUCAACCCGCGUCUGGAAAGCCCCUCGAUCCGGCGGACGCCAGGGGUCGACCACUCAGCGAGCAAACCACUAACACGACAGGGGCAGCACGUGCCCGGGAUCAAGACUGACGACGCAGCGGUUGACGGUAAUGCUAAUGGAAUUGCUGUUACUGGUGCUGGUGGUGGUGGCGCGGGGAAUGCCCAAGGCUUUUCCGCCGCCGCCGGUGCUGCUGCUGCUACCCGUCCCGGCCCGCCUGCCGCUGCUGCUGCUCGUCCCGGCCCACCUACCGCCGCCGCCGGUGCUACUGGUGCUGGUGGUGCCGCCGCGGGACCGAGGACGGGGAACAUGGUCAACCCGCAGCUGGAUCACGCGCGACGGAUCGGCGCCCCAGGUUCGUCUAGCCCGAUGGGAAACCGUGGGCAGUUCCGUCCGCUGACUGUCAAGCGGCCUGCGGGGGGGGAUGGACCGAGUUAUGGUGCGGGUGCGGGUGUGGGUGUGGGUGUGGGUGUGGGUGUGGGUGUGAAUGGCGGCGGGAUGGGGAGGGUGCCGUUGGGGGAUGUGUCGAGUAAUACUCUUGUCGGUGGUGGUGGUGGGAUUGGGAUUGGUGGGGGGAUGGGGAAGGGGCCGGAUUUGAAGAGGCAGCGGACUUCUUGAGGAUGGCUUGCACGUCGGUUGUGAGAGGGGUUUUGGAAGGGAAGUCGUCGUUGUUCUUGCUGCGAGGUUUAUAUUUGCUUACUCGGCUAACUACUUUGCUCUUCUUGUUGGCGUCAAAAGGCAGGGGAUUGUCUGAGAGGCGUUGUAUGGCGUACAGAGGUCGAGGUUGAUCAUGGGUUAGAUCGGCCGGGGUGGGAAGGGGCCGGCGUGUGUUUGUUUUAUGGCAGGUAGACUGAUGAAUCCUCAUGGUUGUAGGUUUUGGAGGCACCUUUAUAUGAUUUUUACCUUUGCUAAUAUUGCAAAUAUCCCCGUAUAUUUUUACUCAUGUAAGGCAGGGAACUAUCA